ACCAUGGUAACGACUUCGCAAACUUUAAGGGGUUUUUGUUUUCGCUCGUUCAGCGGUUCAAGGCCUGCUUUACUUUUUUAAGGGACUACAUGCGAAAAAUAUUUUUCUUCUGGAAACAGAAAGAUGUCACAAAGGGCAUACAACGAUCUCUGGGCGGAUGCUCAGUUAGAGUUGAGUCGUCUUUUAGCUGAAGAGCAACCCGCAGAGCAACCUCAACCUCAGAAAGACAGGGUGGUGUUCUUCCAGAGGCUGGCCAUGCUGUAUGUCCGCUAUAUCCAAAUCCUCAGGAAGCUCCAGAAAGCUCAUGAAUUGAUAAUUCACCCUCAGAAGAGGCGAGCAAUUCGGAAAGUAAUUGACAGUGUCAUGGGGAGGGUGGUGGAGCUGAAAAAUGAAAUGGUGGAAAAGGAGUUUUUGGAGUACCACUACAUGGACGAUAUUCUUCAUGACAUGAAGCUCACACCAGACAAACUUGAGAUCCCCUUACCGCAAUAUUUUCCUAAUGAUCACAGUAAAGAAGUUCAGGAGCGAAAGGCAAUGCUGAUGAAAAUCUUCAAGAUGGUGGAGGCCACUGAAAGUCUUGAACCAUCAACAGAAAAAGAGAUGACGCAAGAGGAGGCUAUCAGGGUUAUUCAAGUGGCAGAGAGGGCACGACAGGGGCGGAUGAGGUCCAAGUUGUAUGAAGAAAGUCGAGAGGCCAGCUUGAGGAGCACAAAUGCGGGAACAGAGAGCACCGAGCUGGCUGCUAUCUGCAUUCAAAAGGUUUGGAGGGGCUACAUACAAAGGAAAAAGACCAAAAUUGAGCGAGUUAAAGAACUGAUAGCUUUAGGAAUGGUCAUGGAUCCAAAGUAUCUUGCUCCAAGCCCGGCAGAAGUCGCUCUCCUAGCUGCGGAGGCUUGCACCCGGCUGAAACAGCAGGAACACGAAGCGGCCUACCAGAAGGCUGUUGUGGCCGUCACAAAUCAGCUGCGAGAGAUGGAGGGCAACAACAUGAGCAACACCCUGAAAAGCCAAGUCCGGGAGUGGUUCUUCAAAUGCCGUAAUGUCACAGGGUCAUUUCCAGACUACCCAGACGAGGAGGAUGGAGGCUCUGCCUUCAUUUUUGCUGAGAAGAGUCCUCAGCAGGUGUUGGAAGAAAUAGCAGCAAAAGAAGACGAAGCUUCCAGCAACAAAUCCAGAGGGAAAGAGGAGCAGAAAGAAAAAAGAAAACCGGACAAGAAGAUGAUUGAUGAGCAAGAGGAGGCCGGGCUAAAGAUGCAUCCAUCUGCUUUUCUGUCAGAUUUGGAAGCAGCGGAUAAAACUUUUAAUGAUUUCUGGAGUAGCCGUGAUGAAACCGAAAACUUCAGCCAGAAACAUGAUGUGGAGUUGAUCAAGGAGGAGAAGAGGAAGGUUGUUGAAGAUGAAAUCCGAGUGCAGGUUGAUGAGCAGAUGAGACAAGAGCUGGCUGAGCUGAAGCUUUCUGUGGACAAGGACAAGGGAGGCAAAACCAAAGCAAACACAAAGAAGAAGAAAGGCUCCAAGAGCGGGAAGAAAAAGAAAAAGGAAAAGGAUCUGACAGCUGAUAGGACUCUUGAAUCUCUGUGUCAGGAGUUGGUGGAACAGGGUUUGCUGAAACAACCAAAUGAUGUAAGGCUACAAGAUUUUUUGGGUGAUUUUAAUUACCUUGGAACCACUCUGAGACAAAACGACAUUGAGCCCAUGCCCUCUUUGUCGGAUGUACGGCAAGUUAUCUCCCUGUACGCCAUUUUACCAUUAGGCUCUCAGGUGGUUCAUGAGAAGGCUCCUUUGAUCAAGUCCAUCCUUCUGGUUGGACCUGAAGGUGCGGGCAAGAAGAUGUUGGUGCACGCCGUGUGCCAGGAGACCGGCGCCACCCUGUUUGAUCUCUCCCCCCUGAACACGGCGGGGAAGUACCCAGGGAAGAGCGGCCUCGCCAUGAUGGUUCAUGUGGUGUUUAAGGUUGCAAGACUUCUGCAGCCUUCAGUGAUAUGGAUUGGAGAUGCUGAAAAAAUGUUCUACAAAAAGGUUCCUAAGGAAGAAAAGGAGUUAGAUCCGAAGAGGUUAAAGAAAGAUUUGCCAAAGUCCCUCAAACUGAUUAAAGGAGAAGACCGUGUCCUAAUCAUCGGAACGACUGAAGACCCCAUGAGUGCUGACAUCAAGUCAAUGUGUAAAAUGUACAACAAAAUCCUCCUCAUUCCAAGACCGGACUAUGGCUCGAGAUACAUCAUGUGGAAGGAACUGAUCAAUCAGAAAGGAGGGGAGACAACCAAGGCUUUGGACCUCAGCUCGCUUGCAAAGAUAUCCGAUGGCUACACCCCGGGUCACAUGGUCAAAGCAAUCCAGAGUGUGGUGACAGAGCGCCGCAUCCGCCAGCAGGGAAGCAGACCGCUAACUGCUGCGGAGUUUGUUGCCCCUUUAGCCAGGAUUGACCCCGUUUUUCAGGAACAGGAGGAAGCCCUGAAAAAUUGGUACGCAAAGACACCGCUGGGAAGAAAAAGAGUUAAAGCUGCCACCGGAAAGGAAGAGGAACAGCCGCCAGUUAAAGGCAAAGGUGCAAAGAAGAAGACUUAGACAUUAUUAUAUCUGCUUUUCCACAUGUUUGAGUGUUUUCUACUGAGGUUGGCAGUCUCCUCUCACUUGAGCUGACUUAAUAAACUAUAUUUAAUACAUUAAACUGUGGAUACAGCCAUUAAUCAGUCAUGAACCACCAUUUCUUUUUAAGCCACUCAAUGCUAAAUAAUAAAAAAAAACUGU